CUACGAGCCUCGAUCCGUUUUAUUCAUGCUUUUUGGUGGUCGCAAUUCUUCCAUUUCUUCCUUAAUAGACCUAUUACACUUGUGGUCGCUAAGUGCUGGGACUCGAAUCCAAAAGGCGGUUACUUUACUAUCCCUCGACAGGAGCCUGUUCGCCCCAUCGACCCAAGGGCUUGGGUUUUGCACACCAACGCUAUGACUUCGACCCCAGUUUCAGUCGGUGCCGGCGCUGGAAAUGGCGACACGUCUGUAAUUGGUCAGUCUAGUGGUGGUCAACAGGUCUGUCCUGAGACUGGUCAUUCUUCUUCCUCCACCUCCACUUCAGCUGCAUCCUCAUCUGUCUCGGCUCAGGCAAUUGCCACUCCAGGCUCUGUCAAUAAUGCCGGCAUGAACGGUCUUUGCCAAGAAAGCUUGCUCUUGUCGGCUUCAGGGCCCACAGUCAAUACUGCUUCUGGUAUGGCUGUUGGUCCAGGCUCUAGUUCAGGCGGUGACUCAGCCAGCACUCUAGGCGCUGGCACGCAAGGCGCUAGUUCCUCUCUUACCGGUGCUCCACCUCACGGCAUGGCGGGGACAACUGGUGGAAGCGGUAGUUUGCUGCCCGGACUCAGUAUUGGAACGCUCACUUCCUCUGGACAGACUAUGCCAGCUGGGACCAGCGCCGCUGCCUUUAAUAUGGCGGCUGCCAUGCUGGCUGCGCAGCAGCAUCAGCAGUUCCAUCCGCAUCAUUCCCACCACCUUCACCAACAAUCGAGUUCUGGAAUUCAAUUAGGACAAAUAGAUGCGCAUUUUCAUCAGCACCAACAUCACCAUCCUAUGGUAUGCAACGGUCUUCCAUCGGGCCACCCAGGGCAGGCGAUGUGCCUUCCGUCGACAAAUUUUUACCAUUCUACAUCAUCUUCAAUGGUGCCCCCCUACAGUCACCAGGUAGUCUACUACAUUUUUUCCUAA